AUGAGGGGGAAGAAUUUACUUGCUGCUCAUGUUUCAAGAAGACAAGAAAACUCUGCAAGUUUCAACUACAUCCACAUGAAUUGUCAUAAAAGAAUUCACAUGAAAUGUAAAGAGGCGCGAUAUGUGGCUUGUAAUAAAAGUAAACGUGCCGAUUUUUCUUGGAGAACGUCGUCGUCUCCAUCCACCCUCACUACUAACGUCAUCAUAUUCCACUUUGAAGAAAGCGGAAAUAAGAAAGCAAUGCUUCCCAUAUUGAUGCUGGUUCGCUCUGCGGCUGAAACAGUUCUGCGGCAGGCAACAUAA